UCAUGGCUUUUUUAUGUGAGCACCAGGAGGGAAGGGACCUGUGUCUGAAAUGGGGUGUGUGCAGUGGACAGAAUAUUUCUGUGAAGAGGUGUGAGGCUCGCUCUGGGCCUGGGCUUCUCACCCUGCCCUCAUCCUCACCACCCUAGCUGCUGUGAAAUGGGUAACAAGAUCUUGGCCCCAGAGACUGGGAGGAGUGCCGCAGCUUACCUCCCUGCCAUUCGUGAUUACGCCAGCUCUGUCUCAGCCACCCACACAGCACCUCCUUCCAGCCUCGCCCUGCAUGGCCCCUCCCAUGGGCCAGUGGUGAAGCAGGUAGCUCCCACAGUGCUCCGAACUCAGCACUGCACUAUGUGGGUUCUGAGGCCUUGGACCCGAUACGCGCUCCUGGUUGUAGCCCACAUGCUGGCCAUGGGGCUAGGGGCUGUGGUUCUCCAGGCCCUGGAAGGUCCUCCCGCACUCCAGCUCCAGGCCAAGCUCAAGGCUGAGCUAGCUGCCUUCCAGGCAGAGUUUGGGGCCUGCCUGCCACGUGGAGCCCUGGAGGAGCUGCUGGCCACAGCCCUGAGGGCACAGGGCCAUGGAGUCUCCGGCUUGGGCAAUAGCUCAGAGGCCAGCAACUGGGACCUGCCCUCAGCCCUGCUUUUCACUGUCAGCAUCCUCACCACUGCGGGUUAUGGCCAUAUGGCCCCGCUCUCCCAAGGUGGAAAGGCCUUCUGUGUGGUCUAUGCGGCUCUAGGGCUGCCAGCUUCCCUAGCACUUGUGGCUGCCCUGCGCCACUGCCUGCUGCCUGUGUUCAACCGCCUGGGUACCUGGGUAGCCAAUCGCUGGCAGCUGGCACCAGACCAGGCUGCACUGUUGCAGGCAACAGGACUGGGCCUUCUAGUGGCUGGCAUCUUUGUACUACUCCCAGCCCUGGUGCUAUGGGGUCUACAGGGUGAUUGCAGCCUGCUGGAGGCCAUCUACUUUUGCUUCAACUCACUCAGCACCAUUGGCCUGGGAGACUUGCUACCCGGCAGUGGCAGAAGCCUGCACCCAGUGAUUUACCAGCUUGGCCAGGUCGCACUUCUUGGUUACUUGCUCCUAGGGCUCCUGGCCAUGCUGCUGGCAGUAGAGACCUUCACAGAGCUGCCACAGGUCUGUGCCAUGGUGAAGUUCUUUGGGGCCAGUACCUCUGUGACUGCUGAGGACCAAGAUGGCAUUAUGAGCCAGGAUGAGCUGGCUCUGAACAACCUGCCUCCUGCCACCCCUGGCUGUGAACAGGCCCUGGCUUGCUAACAGGUGUCAGGUGACUUCACCCAGCUCCUCUGAGGUAGAGGAUCCUGAGGAGGAAGCAGCCAUGAGUACUUGGAGAAGAAUCUGGAGAUGGCAGGGGGGGUGGUGGUGAAGAUUUUAGGGAAUUAUGUGUUAAAUUUUUAAAAAGGCAACAUCUCCACUUU